CUUUCUUCUUCCCUCUCCUUUUCAUCAAAACCUUAACUUGUCGAUUGCAAAACAGAAAGAGUAGUGAAUCAAUUGUGAAAGCGAAAGAAGAUUAGGAGGUGAAAAUGAGCGGUCGUUGUAGAAAGAAUGUGAAACAAAAUGCUGCAGAAAAACAGAGUAGAGAAACCUAUAAGACUGAUCGCCAAAAAGUAGUGCAAAAAUCAGCUCUGAAGUCGAACAGAUAUAUUGAGGAAUUUGCAAAAUAUAUGGCUGUCUUGGAUGAAGAAGACCACAAUUCAAGAAGGAAGCGUAGAAGAAAAAAUAAUGAAGAAGAACUCAAUACAGGUAUGAAAAAGAAGGGGCAAGAUCGGAAGCGUCGCAACAAUACAAGAGAAAAUGUUGAAUAUGACCUGCAAGAAAUUGUUCCUUGGUAUAACGAAAAAGAACUCAAUACAGCUUUAAAAAAGAAGGGUCAAGCUCAGAAGCGUAACAAGAACACGAGAGAAAAUAUUGGAAGUAAGAAAGACGACCCGCAGGAAAUUGCUGUCUUGGCUGAAGAAGAACAACUCAAUACAGGUACAAAAAAGUGGGGUCAAGCUCGGAAGCGUAGCAAGAACAAAAGAGAAAAUGUUGAAAGUAAGAAAGGAAACCAAGAGAAAACUGUAAGUGAAAGCUACAGAGUAGAGAAUGGUGGAGAAUCUGCAGAGGAAGGGGGUAGAGGUCAGGAGGAAAAGGAAAAAGAGAUAGUGGAAGACAAUUCUCUGCAAGAUAAUGCAUCAAAGCCUCGAAACAGAAACAGGAAGGGUAAUGAGAUUGAAUCCAAUAUGUGUCAUCAAUGCCAGAGGAAUGACAAAGGAAGGGUUGUUAGGUGCACCAGUUGUAAAACAAAGCGAUAUUGUGUUCCUUGCAUGACCACAUGGUACCCUGGGAUGCCUGAGGUGGCUUUUGAAGAGUCUUGUCCUGCUUGUCGUCAAAACUGUAAUUGCAAAGCUUGCUUGCGGUUCGAUGGGCCAAUAAGGGCUUUGAAGAACUUAUACUGUGAGAUUAGCAAAGAAGAAAAGAUUCAAUAUUCUAAAUUUAUCGUGCAAAAGCUUUUGCCUUUCUUGAGAAGAUUCAACACAGAGCAAGUGAUGGAGAUGGAGAUUGAAGCUAAGAUUCAAGGAGUACCCGUGUCAGAGUUGAUGCUUCCCAAGGAAAAGUGCCCGGGGAGUGAGCGUAUACACUGCACCAACUGCAAAACAUCCAUUUUUGAUCUUCGCAGAAAUUGUUCCAGCUGUUCCUAUGUUCUUUGCCUUACUUGUUGCCGGGAUCUUAGAGAUGGUAUUUAUAAAGGAGGUGAAGAAGAAGUCAUCAUGAAACUCACUGACAACGGGGUUGCUUAUUUGCAUGGUGAUGUGAGAUUGGAUGCCAGAACUACCAUUUCCAGAAGGCCUAAAUUUUCCAAGAAGAUGGUUGACAAUGAUUCUGUGGGAGAUGCCAAGUUUGCGUUUGGUAUGGAACCUGGGGAUGAUGGAGGGCUUCUCCCGGAGAACUCUGGUUACCCUGCUGGUGAAUGGAAAUGCAAUGAAGAUGGUAGCAUCCCUUGUCCACCAGAGAAUUUUGGUGGCUGUGUUAAGGGAGUUUUAGAGCUGAAGUGCCUGACAUCAAAGUCAAAAUCUCUUAUCUCUGAGUUGUUGGAAGAGGCUGAAGAUAUUUCCAAACAACUUGAAUUGGAAUACAUGCAUGAAAUGCCUCAGGAGUCAUGCUUAUGUAUGAAAUCAAUGGAUGAAAAUGAUAUGCAGAAAAGCAAAUUGCGUAAAGCAGCAUUUCGUGAAGAUUCUGAUGGCAAUUAUUUAUACUGUCCAGCAGCUAAGGAUCUUCAGCAGGAGGAUCUGAAGCAUUUCCAAUGUCAUUGGCUGAAAGGUGAGCCUGCAAUUGUCGGUAAUGUGCUUGAGACUAUGUCAGGGUUAAGCUGGGAGCCCAUGGUUAUGUGGCGAGCAUGUCGCCAGAUAAAGAGCACAAACCAUCCCCUUCAUUUGAAUGUCAGCGCUAUCAAUUGCUUGGAUUGGUGUGAGGUUGAAGUUAACAUCCGCCAAUUUUUUAUGGGAUACAUGGAAGGUCGGUUUGAUAGUUCUGGCUGGCCCCAGAUUUUGCAGUUGAAAGACUGGCCUUCAUCUGAUUUUUUCGAUGAGCGGUCACCUCGUCACUGUGCUGAGUUUGUUAGAAGCUUGCCCUUUAAGGAGUACACAAAUCCUCAAAAUGGCUAUCUGAAUCUUGCUGUCAAACUGCCAUCAGGGUAUUUGAUGCCUGGCACGAGACCAAAAACAUAUAUUGCUUAUGGAGUUCCCGAGGAGCUGGGGCGUGGGGACUCUGUGACUAAGCUGCAUUUUGAUAUGUCUGAUUCGGUAAAUGUGCUGACACAUACACAAGGAAUAAACCUGACACCUGAACAACUUUUGAGGAUUGAAAAAUUGAAAAGAAAGCAUGUUGCCCAGGAUAAUUGGGAAUUGCAAAUGACUGAGGAGGAGCACAAAUAUGAAAUCAAAACAUCAUCUAAGUUCAACGAGGACCAGCCUUUACUAGAUGAUAUAGAUGGAGGUGCAUUGUGGGAUAUCUUUAGAAGGCAAGAUAUUCCAAAGUUAGAGGAAUAUCUUAGGAAGCACUUCAAGGAAUUCAGGCAUAUUAAUUGUUGUCGUAUACCACAGGUUAUUCACCCUAUACAUGAUCAAACAUUUUACUUGACUAAGGAUCACAAAAAUAAUCUUAAGGAAGAAUGUGGAAUUGAACCAUGGACCUUUGUUCAAAAAUUAGGGGAUGCAGUUUUCAUACCUGCAGGCUGCCCUUAUCAAGUUAGAAAUUUGAAGUCGUGCAUAAAUGUUGCUCUUUGCUUCGUUUCACCUGAAAAUGUUGGUGAAUGCAUUCGUUUGACUGAGGAAUUCCGCAAACUUCCCCAAGAUCAUGUUGCUAAAGAAGACAAACUGGAGGUCAAAAAGAUGAUUUUUCAUGCCAUGACGGAUGCCGUUUGCGAACUGGGAAUGAGAAGUCAGAACAAUUCAAAGAUGGAUGGUGUCAAAUCUCUGUCAUCAAUGUCGUCAUCAACUCCAGUCAACAAAGUGCAAGACGCCAUGCCACAAGCAACUCUGCAAAGAUCUUUGGAUAUUGUGAAACAGUCAGAGGACAUGGCACAAGCCAGAAGGAAAUCUUCUGCUAUCGAAAAUGAGCUGGCUAGAACCGUGCAAAUUGAUUGUGGGAGUCCUGUUUCAAGUCAUCUUCUUUCUGCAGAAAAGGCCAUGCCACAAGCCAGAAGGAAAUCUUCUGCUAUCGAAAAUGAGCUGGUUAGAACCACGCAAACUGAUUGUGGGAAACCUGUUUCAAGUCAUCUUCUUUCUGCAGAAAAGUCCAUGCCACAAACCAGAAGGAAAUUUCCUGCUAUCGAAAAUGAGCUGGUUAGAACUGCGGAAACUGAUUGUCGGAGUCUUGUUUCAAGUCAUCUUCUUUCUGCAGAAAAGGCCAUGCCACAAGCCGGAAGGAAAUCUUCUGCUAUUGAAAAUGAGCUGGUUAGAACCGUGCAACCUGAUUGCGGGAGUCCUGUUUCAAAUCAUCUUCUUUCUGCAGAAAAGGCCAUGCCACAAGCCAGAAGAAAAUCUUCUGCUAUCGAAAAUGAGCUGGUUAGAACCACGCAAACUGAUUGUGGGAAACCUGUUUCAAGUCAUCUUCUUUCUGCAGAAAAGGCCAUGCCACAAGCCAGAAGAAAAUCUUCUGCUAUCGAAAAUGAGCUGGUUAGAACUGUGCAAACUGAUUGUGGGAAACCUGUUUCGAGUCAUCUUCUUUCUGCAGAAAAUGCCAUGCCACUAGCAACUCAGCAAAGAUCUUUGGAUAUUGUGAGACAGUCAGAAGACAUGGCACAUGCCAGAAGGAAAUCUUCUGCUAGUGAAAAUGAGCUGGUUAGAACCGCGGAAACUGAUUGUGGGAGUUCUGUUUUAAGUCAUCUUCUUUCUGCAGAAAAGGCCAUGCCACAAGCCAGAAGGAAAUCUUCUGCUAUUGAAAAUGAGCUGGUUAGAACCGCACAAACUGAUUGUGGGAGUCCUGUUUCAAAUCAUCUUCUUUCUGCAGAAAAGGCCAUGCCACAAGCCAGAAGGAAAUCUUCUGGUAUCGAAAUUGAGCUGGUUAGAACUGCGAAAACUGAUUGUGGGAGUCUUGUUUCAAGUCAUCUUCUUUCUGCAGAAAAGGCUAUGCCACAAGCCAGAAGAAAAUCUUCUGCUAUCGAAAAUGAGAUGGUUAGAACCACGCAAGCUGAUGGUGGGAAACCUGUUUCAAGCCAUCUUCUUUCUGCAGAAAAGGCCAUGCCACAAGCAACACUGCCCACAUCCUUGGACAUUUUGGGACAGUCAGAGGACAUGCCACCGGGAAUGAAAAUAUCUUCUGCUAGUGAUAAUGAGCUGGUUAGAACCCCUCAAGUUGAUUGUCAAGGUCCUGGUUCAAGUCAGCUUUUUUCUGCCAGAAAGGCCAUGCUACAAGAAACUCCACCUGCAUCCUCAGACAUUGUGGGACCACUAGAGGACAGCGCUCCAGGCCAAAGGAAAACAUCUUCUGAAAUUGAAAAUGAGCUGGUUAGAACCCUUCAAGCUGAUUGUCGAAGUCCUGUUUCAAGUCUUUUUUCUGUGGUAAAGGUAGCCAUGCUACAAGCAACUCCACCAGCAUCUUCAGACACUGUGGGACCACUAGAGGACAUGGUACCAGGUCAAAGGAAAAUAUCUUCUGAUAUUGAAAAUGCCACUACCCCUCAAGUUGAUUGUCGAAAUUCUUUUUGCAGUCAUUUUCUUUCUUUGGAAAAGCAGGAUCGACCCGAGGAAAGCACAUCUGUACCUAAUCAGAAUCGAACUCCAACAAUAAUUCAAGAUGUGAACUCAACUUUCCACAAAGUAGAAUCAUUCCUAAAGUCUAUCCCGAAGGAUCAUUUUCGUUCACUAUCAGGUACACCAAAUUCUAAUCUGGAGUCUGCAAAGGAAACAGUGAAACAUUUUGUUGGAGGGCCAUUGAAGAUGUUGGCGGACCGAGCUAAUGAAAAGGUAUUGAAGGAAGCAAUUAGCCUACUGAACGAGAAUCUCUCGUCAUUCACUGAUGAACAAGCCAGGCUGUUGGUAAAGAUCAAAUAUAUAUUCCCUUCGAUGGUUCAAGACCUGAGGGACGCAAGCCAGACCGAGUCUAGUUGCCAAGAUUUCUUCAUUGAUCUUGAGAAGCACAGGAAAACUUUAGAUGACUUGAGGAAUACUGACAUGGAAUUGAAGUUAAAGUAUGAUCAAGAAGAGGCUGAAGAGAAAGAAAUGGAAACUAUGCUUAUGUUCCUUAGGAAGAGGAAGGCUGAAAUUCUAGAGAAAAGACUUGAAUUAUCUGUAAAGGCUAACCGCACUAUGUCUUCAGCAGAAGAAAAAGUAGGUAAGAUUGAAGACACCAAAAUAUUGUUGGUCAAGGCUAAAGAGAAAAUUGAUAACUUAAAGAGGCAAUGGUCUGUUCUUAAACCUUUGCAUCUGUAAUUUGAAUGUCAACUCUUGUAACUGUUGUAUAAGGCAAUGUUAGCGCUAAUCAGUGCACUCUUUCGAAAAAAAACAAAAAAGAAAAGGGAAGGGACAUCUUGAAUGAUCUGGUUUUUGCAGUCGAUGAAGUGAGUUAAGGGUUCUGUAUGAUCAAUCUGUUUGGGGUUUAUUGGUUAUCCUUGUGAGCCAUCAAAUGGAGAUUGUCCAAGAUUUCGAAUGGAGUUAACUCUCAACUGCUGUGAAAGGUUAACUAGGAAACACAAAUUCUCUUAUGAAAAUGACAUGAUGAGGUAAAUUCAUGUUAUUUAUGUAAGAUAACACUAUAUAAUACUUUUUGAUAUUAAAAGGGUGUUGUAACUUUCACUUUUAUCCUGGAUGAAAGUUAGUGUAUAUUUUGUAUAGAGCAAGUUUCAUCUUUU